AUGGUCUCACGUCAAGGCUCUUGGCCUUUGUCAGCUCGUUCGCGACCAUCAGUUGCGGCGGUAGCAAACAGCGACGAAGCACACGAUGCUCAAAAAGCCCUCAGCUUCUGGGUCUCCGAGGCCCGGAAGCUUCCGGAAGAUCAGCGCGCUUUCUUCCUCGACGGCAACCAGGCGGAGAGCUAUUCAGAUUACGUCGAGGUGCUCAAGAACGCCGUACAACAGAAAGCCGACACUAGUUUGGUGAUGCGAUUCUCGAAAAAGCUACUACCAAUCUAUCACCUCGCGAACUCGAUCGCGCCCAUCGCAACCAGCGCCAGUCAGCUCAAUCCGAUGCCGGCAUCUCUAGUUCUCGGUGGCAUAACCUGUAUUUUGUCACUCACUGUCUCAUUUGACCAGUAUCAAAACAAGAUUCUUGAAACUCUGGAGUACAUGGUCGAUGCGGUCAACAAUGUCAACCUCUACAGGGACAAGAAGAUGUUUGAUAGCGAUGCGGGUGUCAAAACGUGCGAAAUCAGGCUAGCUACGGAUAUACUCGAAUUUGGCGUCACCGUUGCCAGAAUGUUUUACAACAAGGAGGGCAAAGGCAAGAAUAGCCUUCGAACCGCCCUGAAGAUGCAGGGUAACCCAUUUGAGGCGCAUUUGUUGGAUAUCAAGACCAACUUUGAGGCCCAUCUGCGAUCAUUGGAGGCGCAGCGGCAACUUGUGAGGUCCGACUGGGCAAAGUCUACGAAUGAAGGCGUCGCUCAACUGCUUGAGAGCGGCUAUCGUGAGAAGGAAAAAGCCACCGAGGCUGAAGCCCUUCGACGGAACAAGGAAGAUGACAAAGAACGACAAAAACAGCAGCGUCAAUUCCUCGAAUGGCUGCCGUCGAUUGAUUUCAGCGGCCCGCAAGAAGACCACUUCGAACGGCGAGUAGACGGCUCGGGAUCAUGGCUCGUUGAGCAUGAAACGUUCAAAUCCUGGCGCGAAAGUUUGCCUUCGACGUUGUUAUGGGUCUACGGAAAGCCCGGUUCGGGGAAGUCUCAUCUCGCUGCCAAAGCUAUAGAUGAGCUGAGCCAAGACCCAUCGCGGACGUCAAGCUCUGCGUUGGCUUACGUAUACUGUUCAUCAAUCUCAUCGAGAAAGGGCAUCGACUUCAGCGGCAUUUUGGCAUCCAUCCUGGCACAGCUCUGCAGGCAGCUCCCUCUUACCGAAGAUCUCGGGCACCUCAUUUCGAGGCAAGAUUACGGAGAAGGCAGCGGUCCAACGCGAAGAGAAAUGAGGAACGGGAUUGCUCAGGCACUCUCCAAGUUUCAAACUUCGUAUAUUGUCAUUGAUGGGCUGGAUGAAUGCCACGGAUGGGAAGACGAUCACUUCAAGGAAUUUUGUGGCUUCAUACUAGAGCUGACGACUCCGCUCUCUCGUUCAACAAAGAUUCUCGUACUCAGUCGGCCAUCUUAUGCAGAGAUCGAUAGAAUCGUCGCCGGCUUCCCGCGAAUUCAAGUGGACGACGGGGCGAACUUGCCUGAUCUCGAACACUACAUCUCGCAGAAAGUUGAAGAGGUUCUUAGGGACCCUUCCGAAGACGAGAGAAUUGAGUUUCAGGGUAUCAAAGAGCAACUGCUGAAAAACUCAACGGGGACAUUUUUGUGGCCUGACCGUAAGCUGAGCCAUCUCAAAGAGAUAGGCAGCAUUGAAGACAUGAGCAACGCGAUGGAAAACGCAACGGAAGGUCUUGAUGACCUCUACCGACAAGAUAUCCAGAGAAUCUUGGCCAAACCUUCCCGAUUCAUCAGAGAAAGAGCUAUGAAUGCCCUUCUGUGGAUAACGAAUUCCCGGAGGCCGUUGUUCAAGGCUGAAUUGAUAGAGGCUUUGUCUGUUAAACGUGGCCGGAGAGGGCUUACCGUCCGCCAACGUCUCUCUAGCAGCAUCCCACUUUGCACUGAAUGCGCUGAUCUCAUCUUCGAGAAAGAUGGGACAUUCCACCUUUACCAUCCUUCGUUGAAAGAUUUCUUGGUGGCCGAGUAUCAGACCAUACCAGGAUACGAUGCUUUGCAACGCAACGCAGAUGAACGAAUUGCCGAAGUCUGUCUCACCUACCUCAACUUCGACAUCUUUGGCUCGACAUAUGUCAACUCCGAGAAGGAGUUGAAGAGUGUGAUGAAAGGCUUCCCGCUGCUUCAAUAUGCAUCCAGGAAUUGGGGACAUCAUUUCUCAAUCGCAAGCGAGAAUCGAGAUGACGGCAUCCUGAUUCAACAGCUGCUCCAGACCUUCCUAAGAACUGAAGCAGCUAUGAGCUUGUCUUUGCAGGUCAUUUUCCGCAGAAUCUCCUUCCCUUACCUCAGCCAGCCACCUGGGGCACCGACAGCGCUUCACAUUUUCGCCGCUCACAACUUGACUGAUCUGGCAAAAUCGUUAACAGACUCAGAGCAUCUAAUUGCCUGCCCGGAUCGUGCUCUCCUCUGUCCUAUACACUACGCCACUUUCAGAGAGAACAAGGAGAUGGCUAUGUGGCUUUUGCACUGUUAUGACGCUCACUUCGAAAGAAACAAACUCAUCCGUCAUCUCUUGCGGGAUGACGAGUUCAGCUUCUUACAUAUGUUUGCCACGCGCGAUUGGGACGAAGGGAUCUCAUUGCUGCUCUCAUUUGGCUGCGACUGCCGCGUGGCGGACAACCAUGCUAGUACACCUCUGCAUUAUGCUGCCUUUUUCGGAGCAACAAGUGCAGCCGAAGUCCUUUUGAACGCGGGCGCAGACCCGACCGCCCUGGAUGAUAGUGGUGACACACCCUUGAACAGGGCGGUUUCCUCCAAGAAUGUCGAAAUCGUCAUGGAGAUUUUCAAACACGAUGACGGGAAGAACAUAUCAAAGUGCUUACGCUCGGUCACACUCGCGGCACAUUGGAUCGGUGCGGUUUUGAGCGUGUACAGGCAAUUUGCCUUCGACCCAAGUCUGCAAGGAGAAACGUUUCUGGAUUACUUGCCUGUGUAUACACGCGAAUUCGUGCUUCUCCUUGAAACUAUAAAAAAGUUCCGAUGGUCUCCUGCUGACGAGUUAAGCUCCUUGGAGCAAGAGAAGCAGGGCACAGCUAUUGAGGCCAUUGUGCGUGGGCUGAAUGAAGUUUAUGAUGGAUUCCGGCCCAACUACAACCCAGCUCCAUUCUUCUACCACGGACACAGAUACAUCCGCAUUGAUAAUGAGAGGUCUAAAGCAGAAGCUUCCAAGUACCUAGACGAUAACAAGGAGCUAAGACCUAGCUUCUACGAAGAUGUUAUUGCAUACUACGCGAAUCUAGAAUCGAAUGAGAUCGACGAUCUCAUUGAGGAUGAUCCGCUACCUGUAUGCAGCAAUCGACAGGAGGGCGACAAUGACAGGAUGUGGGAAUCUAUAAGAUCCCUUCAUUUUGGCCUUGCCACAGAGGCCUUUCCGCGAUUUCUCGACAAGACUAUCAGAGAUAAUUGGGUGGACGAAAGCCUCGAACAGCUUCGGGAGACGCUCGAACCACUAUACUACAAACGAGAGGCUCUUGGAGAAAACACUGCCCAGGUGCGGAUUGUGGAUAAGGAGAUUGAGGUAUAUGAAGUCGCUUGGAAGAUGGUACAUGCGAUGCUUGACAUCCCGUUUGAGAGGACCGUAUGGGAAGAGAAGCAAUACCAGCAGGAGAAAUGGAGCAAUGCCCGACGAAUGGCAGCGAGUGAAGAGGUGAUGAGUGACGACGGAUCGGAAGAUUCGUGGCACACGGCGAACGACGCAGCACUGGACGAAGAAGACAGCGACAGCGCAUGCAGGAUCGGAGAGGCAGAAUCGUAG